UCUUUGUUACUGAGGCCCAAGAAUACUUCCAGUUGAGGGAAGUGGGAAGUGAUGGGAACCAAUUCCAAAAGGACAAAAGGAAUCGAUGCUUUGCUUUUCAUCAAUUCCCACAAAUACAAAUGCCAUUCUUUUCCUUCCUUCUUCCUUCAAUUAAGAAUCAAACUAGUCAUUUCGAUCUUCCUUUAACCCAUCUUUCAUUUUCUUUUCAAACAAAAAUACCUCUGAAUAGAACAAAAACAAUGAACAAUAUAGCUCCAAAUUUGACCCAUCAAUCCCAAGUUUUUGGGAAUCCCAAUAAUUCGCAAUUCAAGUUCCAAACUUUGUCGAUUGUAUAGGUUCCCACAAGACCAAUCACUUUAUUGGGCAAAAGAAAAAAUUGGGUUUGAUCAGUUUAUGGCAGAGUUUUAGUUGAUGGAGAGGUUGAGGAAGUUAUUUAGGUGGCAGAGGAUUUACGAGAAUAAUUCUAUAGCUAUGUGUCCUUCCUUCACUACUUUCUUAUUGCCAGCUCCAUUGCCUCAUUGGCCUAAAGGACGAGGAUUUGCCAAUGGAAACAUCAAUCUCGGAGAGCUUGAAGUUGUACAAAUAACUAGGUUCGAGUUUAUUUGGGGCUCUCAUCUUUCACAUGACAAUAGAAAAGGUAUUUCAUUCUAUAAGCCUUUAGGUCUACCUAAAGGCUUCUACGGCCUUGGUCAUUACUGCCAACCAAACGACAAGCCUUUAAAUGGCUAUGUUCUCGUUGCUAAGGAUGUAGUGUCGCACAACCGUGGCUCCCCAGCUCUUGUGAUGCCUGUUGACUAUUAUUUGGUCUGGAAUUCAGAUGAUGGAAUGAGAGUUCAAGAUCAACCUGGCUAUUUUUGGGUUCCCAAGCCUCCUUCAGGCUAUAAAGCCUUAGGGUUUGUUGUAACAAACCAGGCUGGUAAACCGGAUUUGGGUGAAGUGAGAUGUGUGAGAGAGGACCUUGUCGAUGGGAGUGAGACUUGCGGUUUAUUGCUUGAAACACUGUCGAGAUUCCAAAAAAUCCCUUUUAAAGUAUUUAAGACUAGACCUCGUCAUCGAGGUAUGCAGGGGAGAGGAGUCUCUGUAGGGACAUUCUUUUGUACUAGACGAUUGACUGCAGUAGAAGAAAUUCCCAUUGUGUGUUUAAAGAACAACGAUCCCAAUUUGGAUGCAAUGCCAAAUGUUGAUCAGAUCCAUGCACUAAUUCAUCACUAUGGUCCCACCGUAUUCUUCCACCCUAGAGAGGUCUACUUUCCGUCUUCUGUUUCAUGGUUCUUCAGAAAUGGAGCUCUUCUGUUUAAAGCAGGGCAGUAUACUGGUGAACCUAUUGAUGCCGAAGGCUCUAUUCUCCCUGGUGGUGGAACAAAUGAUGGAGAGUACUGGUUAGAUUUACCUGCUGAUGAUAGAAGGGAAGUUCUGAAGCGUGGAAAUCUUGCAAGUGCCAAACUUUAUGUUCAUGUGAAACCAGCUUUAGGUGGUACAUUCACUGAUGUAGCAAUGUGGUUGUUUUCACCUUUCAAUGGACCAGCCACCCUAAAAAUUGGACCAACUAAUAUGGCUAUGAGCAGGAUAGGAGAACAUAUUGGUGAUUGGGAACAUUUUACUCUUCGUAUUAGCAACUUCACCGGUGAACUUCAAAGCAUAUACUUCUCGCAACACAGUGGUGGAGUGUGGAUAAGCGCUUGUGAUUUGGAGUUCAUAGAAGGGAAUCGAGCUAUUGUCUAUGCAUCAAGACAUGGCCAUGCUUGCUUUCCAUAUCCGAGGACCUAUCUUCAAGGGUCCUCGAGUCUUGGUAUUGGGAUAAGAAAUGAUUGUGCUAGAAGCGACUUCUCUUUGGAUUCUAGCACCCAUUAUCAGAUUGUUGCUGCUGAAUAUCUAGGUGAAGCUGUUACAGAGCCUUGCUGGCUGCAGUAUAUGAGGGAAUGGGGACCAAAAAUUGUUUAUGAUUCGAGGAAAGAGUUUGAUAAGGUGAUCAAACGACUUCCCUGGCUGACAAGGCUUUCAACUGCAAUUGGCAAGUUACCGACGGAACUUUCCCAGCAGGAAGGACCAACUGGUCCAAAGGAAAAGAACAAUUGGUCAGGGGAUGAAAGAUGGUAGUAAAAACAGAAGUCGUAACUUUGGGGUUGCAUUUGGUGUACCAUGUCAUGUCCAGCAUCCAUUGUUGUCAAAAUUCUUUCUGAGUGUCUUGUAUUGAGAUUAUUCUAACAAGAUUUCUUUUCAUAAGACUUCCAGCUCCUUGGAGGCAAGAAGAGAUAACAACUGCAACUCUGUAAGUGUAUGUAAUACAUAAAUACAUAUAUUAAUGUGAAUAUUUUAAUGAAA